AUGAGCCAAAAAGUGGCUAAUAGAUCUAUAGUGUUUUACAACAGUCAAAGCCCGCCUUCUGUCAUAACUGAAGAGCUUGACCUUGGGAACUGCUUUAGCCCUUCUGAAUUGGUUGUCAAAAUCCAUGCUGCGGCGCUGAACCCAGUGGACUUUCUUCUACAAGGCUUUGCUUAUUCUUGGUUGGUUGGAAAGGGACCGAAGGGCUUUUCAAGAGACUACAGCGGUGAAGUAGUGAAGGUCGGUGCAAACGUCAAAGACUUCAAGGUUGGAGACAAAGUUUCUGGACUAUUCCAACACCUCUACGGCAAGCAGGGCACACUCUGCGACUAUCUUAUCCUGGACCCUUCUAAGCAGCCAGCGAUUUCCAAAAUUUCGCCAGUGGGCCAUCCCGAGUAUGACGACUAUGUGAUCAACGCCUCGUGGGCCUUGGUGUUUGGAACGGCAUACCAAGCCCUCCAUAACUAUGGCCAAAACCUUGGUCCAGAUUCUAAAGUUCUGGUGAUCGGAGCCUCCACCUCAGUAUCGAACGCGCUGAUUCAAAUUGCAAAGAACCGAAUGAAGAUUGGAACCGUCGUCGGCAUAUGCUCGAAGAAAUCAUUUGAAUACAACAAAAAGCUAGGAUAUGACUAUCUGGCCGCUUAUGACGAUGGUUCUACCGUGGAAAAUGUCAAACAAAUUAUGAAGAAUAACAUGGGUAAUGAGAAGUUUGACCUAAUAUUCGACUCUGUGGGUAAUUCUGAGUUUUUUGAAUGCAUCAACGAUGUGCUGAAGGAUAAAUGCCAGAACUCUCACUAUGUGUCGGUUACCGGAGACAAAAAACUUAACUACUCCAACCCAAGGAUCCGAGACUCCCUCCCCGGCUGGGAGUCAAUAAGAAGGAUUGGCCCAUUUCGUAAAUAUAACUACAAGCUCCUUCUUUUGAAACCCGAGGCCACCUUCGCCAAAAUCGGUUCCGAAAUGAUAGCACAAAAACAAUUUGUGCCCGCAGUUGAUUCAGUCUAUGCUUUCGAAGACUACAGCAAAGCAUUCGAGAGACUUAAGUCUAAUAAGGCCAAGGGGAAGGUUGUAAUCCAAAUAAGUCAAUAA